AUGUCCAUAAAGGCGCGAAGGAGAAAAAAAAAAUGGGGAAGAACAUGCCCGUGCGAACGCUUCGCUCGGAAUGCUAGCGGAGGGGGGCGUCAGCAGGUUUAUUGCUUUGCCGGCGAAAGAAAAGAACAACAACGACAGCGUCGCAACAUUUGGACCAAGUUUCAAUUUGGGGAAAUCAGAUAUUGGAAGGUCCCACGUGGGAAAAAAGAGGUUUCACAGUGUGACGGUUCGUUGUUGCACGUUCCAGAACAGUUUGAGGGGUUUGGAAAAAAAAAAAAAAAAAAACAAUCCCACCCCACAUUUCCAGUACAACCCCAAAAAACUGGCGAUGAUGAGGGUGACGCGGCGCUCCGGAGUCCACAAAGGCCCGCAACCGAAUAA